GGUCCCCUGUGGCUACAUGCUGGGCCCAGGCCUGUGCUUACUGUGCACGUAUAACUCCGGGACCGAAGCCAGCAGAGGGGCUCUGAGGACGUGCAGCGCGUCAGCUGGACCCCCCGGGGCCCCGGCACCGCCGUUCACGACCAGCGUCCUUCCCGAGCCUCAGUUUCCCCUCUGGCACGUUGGGGCCCUGCAGUGGAUUCAAAAGGUCCGCCCCGAGUCACGUCCACCCGGAAGCUUGGCCUGUGACCUUAUCGGGAGUAAGGGUCUUUGCUGGUGUCAUCAAGAUAGGUUGGAAAUGAAGUCAUCCGGGACCAGGGCGGGCCCCAAAUCCGGUGACAGGCGCGCUUACCAGAGACAGGAGGGGACGGGCACGUGGACACGCGGGGAGAGGCCACGUAAAGAAAGAGGCAGAGGUCGUUGUGACGUGGCCAGGAGCCCCCGGAGCCGGAAGCUGCGGGGAGGGAUCCUCCCCGGGAGCCUCCAGAGGGAGCGCGUGCGGCCCUGUGAACGCAGAUGUGGGGCUUUCGGCCUCCGGAACUGCGGGAACGUAACGUCGCACGUGAAGCCCCCUGUUUGUGGGGCUGUGCCGGGCAGUCCCAGCACACGGGCCGUGGGGUCGCGCUGCCCGCACCGGGCACACGGGGGCAGGAGAUGGGCCCGGCCCCUCCACCCCCGCCCGUGUCUUUCCAAAGUCCCUUUCCCGGACGCCCGGGAAACAGGUGCACCUUUGGGGGUUGGUGGGAGUCUAUUUCGGUGUGCCGGGAAGGGGUUGGCCCUGCCCUUCCUCGGGUAUGCGGAUGGCAGCUGCCACGUGACCUUCUGGAGAGUCCGUGUGGAGACGUGCCGGCCCCAGAGACUCUUCUGCUGGUUCAGCCGCGGCCCGCAGCCUCGCCCGGUGCCGGUCCCCGGAGAGGAGGCCACGCUCCAUGGGGAUGCCGGGAGGAGACACAGUGUCGGAGCCCCAGGCUGCUCACAGCCCCCUGGAGAAGUCGCCCAGCACGGCCAUCCUGUGCAACACGUGUGGAAAUGUGUGCAAGGGGGAGGUGCUGAGGGUCCAGAACAAGUAUUUCCACAUCAAGUGCUUUGUCUGUAAAGCGUGCGGCUGUGACCUGGCCGAGGGCGGCUUCUUCGUGCGCCAGGGCGAGUACAUCUGCACGCGGGACUACCAGAGGCUCUACGGGACCCGCUGCUUCAGCUGCGACCGGUUCAUCGAGGGCGAGGUGGUGUCCGCGCUGGGCAAGACCUACCACCCCGACUGCUUCGUGUGCGCCGUGUGCAGGUUGCCCUUCCCGCCUGGGGACCGAGUGACCUUCAACGGGAAGGAAUGCGUGUGUCAGAAGUGCUCCCUGCCCAAGACAGCGGGCGGCAGCGUGCACCUGUCCCAGGGCCUCUGGAGUUGCGGGGGCUGCGGCAUGGAAAUUAAAAACGGCCAGUCCCUGGUGGCUUUGGACAAACACUGGCACUUGGGCUGUUUUAAGUGCGAGACGUGUGGGAAACAGCUGGACGCGGAGUACAUCAGCAAGGACGGGCUGCCCUACUGCGAGACUGACUACCACACCAAGUUCGGCAUCCGCUGUGACGGCUGUGAGAAAUACAUCACGGGGCACGUGCUGGAGGCAGGAGAGAAACACUAUCACCCCUUGUGUGCGCUAUGUGUCAGGUGUGGCCGGAUGUUUGCAGAAGGCGAGGAGAUGUAUCUUCAAGGUUCCUCCAUCUGGCACCCGGCGUGCCGACAAGCAGCCAGAACUGAAGACAAAAACAAGGAAACCAGGAGCUCCUCAGAGAGCAUCAUUUCUGUACCUGCUUCCAGCACCUCGGGGUCUCCGAGCCGCGUGAUCUAUGCGAAGCUGGGCGAUGAGAUUCUCGACUACAGGGACCUGGCUGCCCUUCCCAAAAGCAAGGCCAUCUACAACAUCGACCGCCCCGACAUGAUCUCCUACUCGCCGUACAUCAGCCACUCGGUGGCGGACAGGCAGAGCUGCAGCGAGUCCCCACAGGUACUCUCGCCAACGCCGACAGAGGGGGAUCAGGACGACCGUUCGUACAAGCAGUGCCGGACCUCCAGCCCCAGCUCCACCGGCUCCGUCAGCCUCGGGCGCUACACCCCGACCUCGCGGUCGCCCCAGCACUACAGCCGUCCAGCUGGUACUGUGAGUGUUGGUACCAGUAGCUGCCUGUCCCUGUCCCAACACCCAAGCCCUACAUCCGUGUUCAGACAUCAUUACAUCCCCUACUUCCGAGGCAGUGAAAGUGGCCGGAGCACCCCCAGCCUCUCGGUGCUCUCAGACAGCAAGCCUCCCCCCUGCACCUACCAGCAGGCGCCUCGCCACUUCCACGUCCCAGACACUGGCGUAAAAGAUAACAUCUAUAGGAAACCCCCCAUCUACAAACAGCAUGGUCCUGUAGCCCAAUCCCCAAUUUCCAAGCUCUCGGGCCUGAUGUCAGUCUUGUCCUUGGUGGUGCACAAGGCAGGGUGCUCCAAAAGGCUAGAAGGUCCAAGCCCUCUGCGGGCUGCAGCCGCGAGGCGACCAGACGGAGAAGACGGCAGUUUCGAGCAGGAUAACAGGAAGCAGAAGACCAGCUGGCUGAUUCUCAAGGGGGACGCAGACACUAGGACUAAUUCUCCAGACCUAGACAGCCAGUCUUUGUCCCUCAGUAGCGGGACCGAUAGAGACCCUCUCCAAACAAUGCAAGGGGACAACUGUGGCUUCUCCCGACAGGUCUACCCUUAUGACGCCCUCGUUGUCACAAACCGAAUUCGCGUGAAACUGCCCAGAGACGUGGACCGCACGAGACUGGAGAGGCACCUGUCGCCCGAGGAGUUCCAGGAAGUGUUUGGAAUGAGUGUGCAAGAGUUCGACCGCCUGGCCCUCUGGAAGAGGAAUGACCUCAAGAAGAAAGCCCUGUUGUUUUGACGGCCUCCAGCGUGCCAGCGACAGAGCGUGGGACAGCUGGCGAGAACCACAGAACCCCCUCCUUCCGCACCUGGCUCUGGCUUCUCUGUGUCCCCUGCGGGCGGGCGGCGGGCCCCUGGAGAGGGCGGGGCGGGAGGCUGAGGCGGGAGGAUGUUCCAGAGCGGGUGCGGCCUCUAGUUUCUGCCAGCUACGCUCCUGCCCCUAGUUCAGAGCCCAGACGCCUUGCUUCGCACUGCACGUGUAACCCACAUCACGGAGGGGCUGCAAAGAUGCUCCCGGGGCUCGAAGAACAUUUACCUUGACCGUGCGGCGCCUCCCCCCCCCCCCCCCGCCCCUGUGCAGUGCCCCACCCCCCGUGAUAGGCCCUGGGGGCGCACAGAGGUGCCUGGGCCUUGGGAUUUGAGGAGGUCUGUCAACGACAGACGCUGGCACGACACAAUCACGGGUGGGUGGGCCUAUGGCUCCCAGCGCCUGCUCCCCGCCCCCCUCCCCCGCUUGCUCAGCCCUGGGGAGGCACAGCCUCGCGCGCAGACAGGCCAGGCCUGGCCAGGGAGAGCGCUGAGGAGCACCCAGGGCCGCUCAAAGCGAAGCGUGGGGUGCAUGAUGUUUGCCGCCGUUUGUGACGAGUCUGUUUUUAGGGACAACCGUCCACCGGACAGGGUACCUUCUGCCGGGGCCCUCCGUGCACUGCAUUUUUCUUCCAGAUCAUCCCCUAGAUGCCUAAAUGAUAUCUUUAAAGUAACACAGAAGUUUUUAUUUUAUUAAAAAGCAUAGCCUACUUAAACAUAAGACGACAUAGAUAGAGUUCCAUUUUACGGUCCCGCGGAAGGGGAGCGCCUCCAGCCUUACUCUCCAGUGUCCGGUCCUGUGUGCUUUCGCUUCCCCGUGUGCUCCUAGCGCACACGGCUCCUUGUCGGGUUUCUUUGCUUUCCUUCUUUUUCACCUGCCACACCAGCCCUCGGCCACGUAAUGCCGUUUCUAAGUAUGCGUGACGUGUCGCCAUCACUGUUUGCCUGGCUGUUAUUUUCCGCAUCCCGGAGAGAAAAGAUUCUCCUCUGAUGGCCAAAGCCCCGGAAUAAAGGAUUUCCACGCACCCAGCCUAACACCCAGCGUAGCUCUUGGGGUGCCCUUUUGUGACAUGGCCGGUGGUGCCCGCCUUAGCCCGGUGCGUGCGUGGUCCCGAGGCAGGCACUGGCCGCUGGGGAAGGAGGAGGGAGACACCCCCCCUUUUCGGACCUGCCCGCUCCGCAUCAGAAGCCCGGCCGGGCCCCCAGCUGAAAGGCGUCCGCGUCUGUAAUCGGGUGCGGGUCGGGGCGCGGUGCCUGUCGCAGGCGGCUUGUAGAGUGGGUUGAGAGGUUCGCGAAUCAGUAGGAAGGUGUCAGCGAAGUCUGUCUUCCCUGUCUUCUGUGGAGCUGUGUCUUUCUGUGCGUCCUGAACACCCGCCUGUGAGUCAGUGUUACUCAGAUCCUUCCGGCCCCCGCCACGCACCCCGUCGUGCACCGGCUCCUCACCGGCCCGGCUCGGCCAGGGAGGGGGAGUUUCUAGCACCUAAUGCACUUCCUUCCAUUUAGCAGAGCCUGAGCAACUGGAAACCCCCAUUUUUCUCACUAGUGCAAUGUCAUGUCAGCUCCCAGGGGAGCCUGGAAAAAUAAAGGUCGGUGUAUCCUAA